AUGAGCUCCCUUCAGCUGAAACCCGUGCCUACAGGCCAAUCUAUCGCUGAUACCUUUUCCUCUCUACACGAAGUUGCCUUUAUCACUAUUAUUUGCAUGUCACAAUUCUUAACGCAGGCAAACAUCGGUAUAUGUGUAUCAACCUUGGAUAUUAUCGGUGAUAGCUUUCAUGUUACCGAGGCAGGAGUUCUUUCCGGGUUCAUUGCUGGCUAUUCUUUAGCAGUUAGCACCUUCAUUCUAAUUUUUGGUUGUUGCGGCGAUAUCUUCGGUUAUCACCAUAUGUUCCUCAUCGGAUUUAUCUGGCUUGCUAUUUGGUCAGUGGUUGCAGGAGGAAGCGUCUACUCUAGCCAUUUACUUUUUAUCUUCUCUCGGGUCCUCCAAGGCCUUGGUCCGGCAAUUUUAUUACCCAACGGUCUUGCACUUCUAGGAGCGACUUAUGAACCUGGGAAGAAGAAGAACAUGAUAUUUGCGAUCUUUUCUGCAACUGCUCCCAACGGCGCUCUUCUAGGGGCCGUCUUCUCUUCUCUUUUCUCGGAGCUGGCUUGGUGGCCCUGCACUUACUGGCCUAUGGCAACCGUCUCCGCUAUAUGCGCAAUUAUCGGUAUUCUCGUUAUCAUACCUAUCAAGCAUACCUCCACAAAAGGCCGUACGCUGUUGGAAAUCGUGGAGAUGCUUGAUCUCCCCGGCGCUGUCCUGGGAAUAACCGGUCUAGUCCUGGUUAACGUGGCUUGGAAUCAGGCUCCGAUUGUGGGCUGGCAAACCCCGUACACCUACAUCCUGCUGAUUAUCGGGGUUCUCUUUCUUGCCGUGUUUAUGGUUGUGGAAGUACGGUUCGCUAAGAAUCCCAUUUUACCAGUCAGUGUCUUCACGUCGGACAUCAGUUUCGUUUUAGGCUGUGUUGCUUGCGGUUGGGGAUCCUUUGGCAUAUGGAUCUACUAUUUUUGGAGGUUUCAAGAGAAGUUUCGUGGUGACAGCCCUUUGCUCGCAUCAGCAGAGUUUGUGCCAGCUGGGAUUAUGGGCAUUGUGGCUUCAUUCACCACCGGCCUUCUCAUGAGUCGACUACGACCGGGUUGGAUCAUGGUUCUCUCUCUUACCGCUUUCACCGUUGGAAGCAUUCUUACAGCCAUCGCACCUGUUCAUCAAACUUAUUGGGGACUCACUUUUGUCUGUCUGCUGAUUAUCCCCUGGGGUAUGGACAUGUCAUUCCCAGCUGCGACAUUGAUGCUGUCUAAUGCAUCAAAAAAGGAGCAUCAAGGGAUUGCCGCGUCGCUUAUUACCACAGUGAUUAAUUAUAGCAUUUCUUUCAGCUUAGGGUUUGCCGGCACGAUUGAAGCCAAUGUCAAUAACGGAGGCGUUACAGCGCAUGAUAUUCUCAAAGGAUAUCGAGCAGCACUCCAUCUGGCCAUUGGAAUAGGGGGACUAGGGAUAGCACUCAGCGCCAUCUAUAGACUUCGAAGCUAUGGAAAAAGAUCUGGCGAGGAAACAGAGCAAGAGGACGCUUAG